UUUGAAAACGGGCGAACAAAUAUCAUGACUUUCUCUUCUUCAUCUCUGACCCUCCGUAAUCCGUAUAUCUUCUUGCGUUGUUAGCGUCUCUGUGUAUAUAUAAGCCUUCAUGCCUACCAUCACCUUCUCCAGCUUUGUGACCGUCCCUUUCCUCGCCCUCCUCUCUGUCCCUCUACUUCUAACAGCAUACAUCACUAUCUGCUUCUCUGUCCUGGCCCUGUUCAUCCGUCUCUCUAUCAUCUACAUCGAAUUAUCCUACGCCAUCAUCACAAACUACUUUGUCAUCCCCACAUCCUCCAACUCGUCCCUAUUGACCUUUGCCGCAUCAGAACCCACCACCCCAUUCCGUCGUCGAUCCUCAGAUCAUGGAUCCAUCGUGAACCACAAUACCAAUACCAGCAGCCAUACCCUCCCCAGAACCCCGAGCGCCCGUCAACUAAGACUCCUCGUCCCUCCCGGACCCGGGCCCGGUAUCAUCACUAACGCCAAACCCCGCCCAGCCCUAAGACGAUACAACAGCUCCAACUCAGAUGGACAAGGACAUCGCAAGCUUCACAAACGCACCAGAGACGCCCGCAAUAACAGUAACCCUUGCAUGAUCCCCUCAUCCGCAACAACGGCCUCCUUCCUUAGCCUCGUCAGCGGCGACGAAGGUCGUGACUUUGAAGGUUUAGGCGGGUGGCGCUGUCCAGCCCCAGCGUCGUCGUCGAAAUCCCGCAGCGGCCAUCCGUCCAGAUCGGCUUCUUUGUCUCCUACGUCUCCGUCGUCUCCGUCCCCGUCUGAUCAUGCUAUUAAUGACGAAGAGGCGGAUGAACGGGCUUGGUUGUCGAUAAAUAAUCGGCUGGAGCUUCCCUCGCAGCCGGCGCAACAGCAAGUGCAGCAACAGCAGCAACAGCAACGGGGGCGCCGGCAUCAUCAGCGCUCUAUUACUACGUCUAUGGUGACUAGUUCGAAUUAUCGGACGGGGAAUUGUUUGUUUAUUGACCAGAAUACAGCCCAUAGGGAUAAAAGUAAAAAGGAAUGAAGGAGAUUAAGAACACUGUGAUUCUUCAAAUCUAUUGAUCUAUAUAUAUACAUCUUCCAUUAUACUGAGCAGAGUACAUGGGAUAGAUAGCGAGCAGAU